AUGGAGUCAGCUCCUAAAGUCGCAGACUUUGUCACAGAGCCCAAAGACCAGGCCUGGAUCAAAGAGCUGAUACUCGGUUGGGGUUAUGAUCUUCCUGAUGACGGAUCGCUGGCUGCUCUCCAGGCUGACGUGCUUGACUUGGGCGUCGAUUUCUACUUCCUGCAACUGCCAGAUGAUACUGAAGUCCGGCAGAAGGCAAUCUGCAAACGUUUCUUGAAGUCCCUCGUGGAUGCAAAGACAAUGGACCCGGCGUCACCCCCAGGAGUCGUCGAAUCUGGCACGUUCAAAGAGCAGGCCAAGGCGAAGGCCAAAAGCGAGGCCGCCGAGGAGCUUGUGCCAGCGCAUGAAGCACCUGAGGAGAGCGCGCCGCCUGAGAAGACUGACUUCUACGUCACCCUGCACCAUCUGGCGCACGAGGGUCAAGACUUCUGGGCCCAUGUCACCAUUCGUUUCAGAGAUGAACCUCCGGCGCACUACACCAUUCCGAGCUUCUGCUGCACCACGGUUCGUCUGGACACAACGACAGUUGCCAUCGACGUGCGAACGAACAAUGCUCACGACAGCUUGGCUGAAGCUACACACACGUUCGACAUGGUUUUCGCGGAUGAAUAUUGUCGGGAGGACGGCAUGAACUUCUACAUCUUCAGUGACACGCAGAUGUCAUCGCCGACGGAGCAAGAAAAGAAAUGCUUCCAAUGCCUGUGCCUGACGUGCAUCUACCCUCCGAUUGGGGCAAUGGUCCUGCUAAUCGCGGGUCUCAUCGGCCUCGUUCGGAGAGCCAUCCGGCCCCGGGAAAUGGUCAUCCACUUCGAGCCCGGGGAGAAAGGAGGCAAGCUGGAUGGGAAGGAGGGUAGCGUGCUGCAUUUCCUGCGGCACGGUGGUGAAAAUCACCCGGUGCCGAUCGACGUCCAGGAUGAAAAGACCGGCGCCGUGGCGAGCUUUUCCCUCUGGACUGGUCAAAGCCACACCCUCUCCCGCGCUUCAAACAAGAAGGUCACCUGGCAUUCGCCGCCCGGACAGCCUGGCACGCAAGCCUUCGACGCUGCGCCGUUUGCCAAUCGGCACGUCUACUUGCUCCUGAAAGGCAAGGAGCGGUCCUUUGCACCUGCAGUGUGCAUUCGUCAGAGGAGUGCUCAUGCGCCAGAGGAUGACCAGUUCUACGUACAUCUUCAUCACGUUGCUCCGGGAGGCAAAGACUUGCAAGCGAAAGUCAGAGUGAGAUCGAAAAAUGGCAGUACGGUCAACUAUGAGCUGGUCGGAACGAAUCACACAACCAUCCGCUUGUGCAACGUCAAAACCCUUGAGGUGGAGUCGAAGCACUCAGAUGGGACGAUUCUGCCAGCCACGACCACUGUUGAUGUGAGUGAGUGGGCUCUGCAGCUGAAGCGAAACGGCACUAAUGUCUACGUCUUCAGCGAUGUAAAGAUCUCGCCAUGGACGGAGAAGGAGAAGCAAGAUUGGUGGUGGUUUCAAGAAAACGACGGCCGAAAGAAGUUGAUCUUCGCAUCAGUGAAUGGCCGACAUCUGGAGGUCCAUCUGGGCGGGCAUGAGGAAGCCAUACUGGCAGCCGCUGAGACAGGGGUGCACUUCCGGUCCGGCAAGAAGUUUUCCUUGGACAUGGCCGAGUUCAUUGGGUAUCACACGUACGUGGUGGUGAAAGACAAAGAUAACUCUGUCACCGUCCUCCGUGGCGCUUCCAUCACGGAAGAAGUUGAGGCGGGUGUGGCGGACGACACCCAGGAAUCCAACAAGGUGUCGAACAAGCCCACGUCGAACCAAGCUACGACUCCUGGGCAGACCAACUUGGACAUGGGUGUGAAGAAAAACAAGGACCACCUCGAUUUCGAAGUAAAGCGGCUGGAGUUGGGCAUCGAUCAGGUGAAGGACGCUGGAAUUCGGAUCGGUGAUGCAGGGGGUAACACCGGAAUGGAGGACACAGCCGAGCCAGUGCCAACGGGUGAUAGUCAUUUGCCGAAUGACGGACUGGCAAUCAUGUCACACGAUGCAGCGCACUCUCCCAGUGAUUCGUUGCUUAGAGAACGUGUUGUCGAUGCCAGGCAGUUGACGAUUAGUCAGGAUGCAUCUCCGAUGGUCGCCUUUGCCGCCGAGGCACGACACAAUCAGAUUAUCGGCGAAUUGGGAGCAGAACAUCAGGAGCAGCUCCGUGCAAUGUACAAUAGUGGGCUUGCAGAGGUGAACAAGUUGAGGAACGAAUUAGGCAAUGCUAACAUUGCGUUGUCGAUUCAGAGGUCUGAAAUGGGUCAAGGUGAAGUUCGUUUCCAACAAACCGAAAGCGCGAGGGAACUCGCUGUCAUUGAAGCCAAUCGGCAAGCGGAAGCUGCCCGUAGAGCUUUAGAGGAAGCUAACAGCAAUGCCAGGCGCCUUCGCGAAGUGGAAACUUCUGCCCGUCAGAAUGAUGCAAUGCGAUCCCAUGAGGUCGCUGACAUGUCAUCUCGGAUGGACGAACUGAUGAGGCAGCUUCAAGCCCAGCGUCAGCAGACAGAAGUAUUGAUUCAGCAGAAUAGUGCAUUGAGCUCCAGGGUUCGAGAUUUCGAAGCUAGAGAUGCUGCUUUGAGGAUUCAAGAGGGAAUUCCGCAAGGGCCUCCACCCGGCAUUCCCGUACAUCCCAUUUCCACCCCGAAGCAUGGAGGUGACACUCCUACAGAACAGGCGACGGACGCCGGGAGGCGAACUCCUCCAGAUGGCUUCAGCCCAGGUGGCGGUGGUGGUGGCGGCGGGCCUGAUGGCAACGGCGACGUAGGCGAGAUCCUUCGUCUUCCCCUUCUAGCUCUAGCAGACCAUAAGAAUGAUUUGGUUCUUUCGCUUGAAGAGGCUGAGGGAUAUGCAAGGGAACUUCGGAUCAACGGCGACUUUCGUCUGGGAUCGUGUUACAAGCUUUUGAAGUUGACACCAUUCAAGUCUACAGGGAAUUCGAGGAGAAUGAAAGCUACUGAAAAUGACGACUCGGUUGAAGAUGAAGUUGGCAGGGACUACAUAAUCAUCGGCGCUUGGAUUUUUAGCGGUAUGACUGGAAUCACAACUUCUGUAGACCGUCAUGCUCAGCUGACCAAGUACCUGAUCGCCUUCAUGAAGUCAAAAGGGUUGAAAGAUACCUUUACGUCCAUCUGCAUUAACCAUGGUGGCAAUCGCCGGGUGCAUCGAGACUUGUUGAAUCAUGAUGACUCGCUCAAUCACACUCUAGGCGUUGGAAGCUAUCAAGGUGGUUCCGUAUGGGUUGAGCAGAAGGGCGACUUUCCCGUAUUUCGCAGAGAAGGUGUAGCUGGUGGGAAAUCAAAGUGCGUCAAGGUUACGGGGGGACUCGAAGUCAGUGGAAGAGUCUAUGACACUCAUGAUCGAAUGUUAUCCUUCCACCCCAAGCCUUGGCAUCAGGCACAGCCUUGGACAGGUGAUCGAUGGACCAUCACUGCAUACACGAUUCGGGAUGUAGACGGUUUGAGCUGGGAAAAGUCAAAGUCGCUAAUGUCGCUUGGGUUUCAGUUGAAUUCAUCAAGACGGUUACCAUUUGUUCCAUCAUUGAUUACCGGCGACAGCGACGAAGAGCUCACUCUUUACGACUUUGUGAAGAAGAAGAAGAAGGACGAAGCCGAGAAAGAUAAGGAGCAUUUCGAUGAAGCCGGGGAGUUGAAAAGUGCCGAGGAUCAGCCACCUCCUCCUCCUGAUUAUACGGAGUACUUUCCUGAUGAAGGUGUUAUUGUUCGCCAUCAUAUGCAGCCUCGCAAAGCCAAGUAUGCUGUUAGCGCUGCGGAAGCAGACGUCUUGAACAUCGGCGACCUGCGGUUGACCGAACGUCAGCUUCUUGGAAGUACUUCUGCAGAAGAACAAUGGGAUGAUGGUUUCCGGGGGGGUAAGGCUUCGGGACUUUGGACGGGAACCACUUACUUGUUUGAUCGUGGUAUUGAUAAGCAUCAUGCCGUGGCUGCUGUUAAGCGCAUUCGUGACAAGAACACAGCUAAAAAGGAAGCUAGGAAACAGGCUUUCUAUGACAUCAGCCAAUUGUCGAGUGGCACCGGAUGCAUGAAACAACCCGUCAACAUCAUCGAGUAUGACAUGAAGUCUUUUCUUGAACAAGCUGUACAAAAGUACAAAGACCUUGCUGGCCCCAAGUAUCACACCCUUAAGUCAGCCUCUACUCCUUUCGCCGACGAGAAGAUCGCGAGGCCCAUCGACGAUGAGGCCGAGGCAAAGGGAUGGCUCGUUAUGAUCUUUUACGGGCUGUUCAGGGAUUGGCAAGCAGAGCCUGCUUCGCCAAUCGUCGUGCCGGACAACCUCGAGAAGAGGAUCGAGCCCGAGAACAACGGGGUUCUCAUCGAAUGGGGACAUGAUCCGUCGUUCUCUCUGCUCGGAAGGGCAGACGAUAGUGGUAGCGGUAGCCCAUCUGUCGUUCGGGUCACUCAUAGCAUGGAUCUUAACAGUACUCAGACGAGUAGGGACUUGCUCAAGGUCGUCAAAGGCUAUGCAAAGUCGAAUGUUCCCAUUACCGUCUGGGUUGACCUGCGCUUUGCGGGGGGUCCUGAUGAUCGCAAACACUUUGGCAAGCUAUGGUCUUCUUUCGUCAACUUAAGCACCGGAUUGGAUUUGAAUAACUGCCAUUACGUCCUGAUUGCUCCCUGGGAACAUUUCUCAUGGAAGAUGGAUCGAGUUGUCAGGUGGUGUUCCAAUCAUGAGUGUACGAGUUUUGAACUUCUUGAUGGCGAAAGAUCAGGCAAUUUAGGUCAUUGGAGAUUGCAUACUUCCCACAAGAAUUUGCCAAUUGAAGUGAUGAAUUAUUUUCAUGGCUGUAAGCUCAAGAACAUUUCAGAGCCACAAUUUCCUGUUCGACAAGCUGCUGUUGCGGUACAAGUUACUCUGAGCGAAGAUCCAAUAGGAAGCGCAGCAGUGAUGGCAUCCUCUUUGCCCACCGUUUCUCUGGAGGAGCGUCGCCGACGCAUCGAGGCUUUCCGCAGGGCUCUUAAGGACCCUGAUUGCCUCGCGGAAGCGAUGGCCUUCGAGGAACCGGCAUAUUUCAAGGAUGCCUAUGGCGUUGUGAAGGAGGCGUACCAGUACAAGCUGGUGGAGCCUGCGGAGUCUGAUCCGCCAGAGGCCAUUUUCCUCGGCCGUAUCCGAAACGGCGAGUGGAUUGGUCUGCGGAAGCAGUACCCCUACGCAGGUUUUCCCCUCCUGUACGAGAUGUGGCACCGCCAUUUCAACAGCCCGGCUCAUCAGGGAAUGCCGAUUGAGGGCUUCGAGCUCCAUGGCGAUUCCCUCCUGACGGAGUGGACAGAACUUGUCAAAGCUUAUCUCCGCGACCUGGCUUAUGUGGGGCAUGCCACAAACGCCGAACGGGCUCUCAAGGCCACUGAGCCGUUUGAUGUCUGUCACAGAGCGUAUGUGCUAUCCCAGGAAACCCUGGGCUACCACGAGUUAAUGCCAGCUGCCACGGCGUUGUUAGACUCGGUGUAUACUCCAGCCCUCCGAAGAAUCGAGCAUCAAGAGCAACCAAGCUCGUAUUUUAUUAUCGGAGGAGACAGCUCUCUCGCGUUGGUGACCCGCGGCGACGGUGGACGCGUCCUGAUGAAGGGGACGAUGGAACCGUCACUCCGGGAGGAGAUGACCAAGGACAUUCGCAUGGAUGGAUGUUCGGUCGUCAUGCGCUGGGGAAAAGGGCUUGGAGACAUCGUGUGGCACGUGGAACAGGAGCUCAACCGAACCAAGGGACGCAAGGCCGUCGAGGACGCAAAAGAUGCCCUGGUCCGUCUCUCAUCCCGGAAGGGAGUGUCCUCUGUCACGUUGGUGGCUGGCCCCCACAACGGGGAAUUCUACGGGCUCCCAGAGGUCUACGACCUGGAGAUGGCUCGCCACUCCGAUGAGCUGAAGGAGCGAGGGAUCCGCAUAGUCGAUCCCCAGGCUCACAUCCUUUCGACAGAGCGUUACGAUGGGUUUCACAUGGAGGCUACCCACGAUAACGUGAAGGUAACCACUCGCUGGUUCUUUCACAUGUGCUCUGCAAUCAUGUUCGAGCGGUGGCUUGUGAAGCACGCGAUGGAGCUUAAGGCCAAUUCGCGUGGCAUCCUCUUUCACAACCACUUUCACCUCGGACUCGGCUUGGAAGAGCUCGACAUCCCUCCUACCACGGACUUGCUCAUCCCGGCGGAAGCUGAGAUGGUGACUUUCCCACCUGAGGCACCGCCCGUGCAACGUUUCCCAGAGGAGGAGAUUGUCUUGAACCAGCCGAUCCUCAGCUUGGAAAAGCUUGACGAGCUUGAGGGUGUACCGCCCACUGACUAUGUCAAUGAAGUGGCGAAAGAGUCAGAGGAGCUCACGGUUGAGGAUGUAGUGUCUCGUAACCCGAAUCCGGAGGACGAGCACCUCACCGUGGAAGCGGUUGACCCCGGCUCGGAGAUGGAACAAAUCGUUCGGAAAAUGAUUGAGUCGGUGAACCUGGUGAUGACGGAUAAGGAGGCUGAAGAGGUCGCCCAGGAGACGGGUGUUGCUCCAUACGAGUUUGUUGAGCCGAAUGUCACAGCUACAUCUGUCAUGGAUGGUGAGGCAGUCUCUACGAUUGCUACUUCCGACAUCCCGACGGAAGUCUGGGACUCCGGUCCGAUGGCUGUGGACUACGGCGCAGACGAUGAAGUGGAGCAUCCCCGCGGAAGUGGUGGACCCAUCUGGCUUACACCGGAUCAGCUACCUGAUGUCAAGGGUCGCAUGGGAUACUUUCGCCUCAAUGAGAUGGAGUGUGUUUCGUUGGGCAAGAAGCUGUCGUGGCACCUGCGUGGGCAUGCCAAGGACAAGGGAUUCCGCACUGUUGAGUUCGACGAAGAGCAGUCAGCAGAGAUUGGUGAUGUUUUGAAGGUCAUUGGGAAACAGUGGUCCCGCCUGACGGUGAUGACCAUCAUUGACCUGUUGACGUCCGAUCACUGUGACAAAGCACGGUUCGAACUCCAGGCGGAAGCCUUGGACGAGGAGACGCGGUUGGGCCGGGGAACAAACUGGCACUUUACCCGUGUCCGAGCAUUCCAAGGACACAACGCCUGCUUGCUCGUCCUCGACAGCGACCCGCUGAAGACCACUGUCAAACAGUGGGCCCUCGAUGAUCAGUGGAUCCCGUCCUAUGUUGAUCUACCGAUCACUGGUCCGUAUCCUUAUCGGGCAACGGCCUUCGAUCUGAUGCCAAAGCUGGCGUAUCACGCCACAUACUGGCGAAAUUUCAUCAAGAUCGUCAACACAGGCCUCAUCCCGGGAGGGAAAAUGACCUCGAAGGGCAACAGCGGAAGGCCCUUCAGCAUGUUCGCGAUGGAGCCUCAGUGGGAACGCACCUCCAAUCAGGGCGUCCGCCCUGGCGCGCAGCUGGAAUUUGUCUUGGUGGCCGGGUCAGACCAGGCAUCAAUCCAACCAGGUGUUUCCAGUGGAAACACCUGGUUGGAGUUGAUGCCUGUCGGGGGAUGCACGGACAUCCCUCACCCCUGCAAGAUGUCUGUGGUCCCACCACCGACAUCUUGCAGGGGUGAAGGAUGUGCGUGCAUGAACCCCGACCGAGGCCCCAGCGUGCAUGGAUAG